AUGAUAUCGAACGCCGACUUGAGAAAUGACGAAGUCAUAUUCAAGCCAGAGUACCUGAGCGAGGCCAUCGCUCAGCUCCUUGCUGAGAUCAUGGACAUCCAGACCAUGAAAAACGAUAUGACGGCCAUCAACCAACUACCAAACGAGGUCCUCUGCAACAUCUUCGUCGAGUAUAAAGGCAGUAUCCUCGCAGAUCAACCACAGCACCCAUCCGCAUGGACUUUGAUUACCAGCGUCUGCCUCCGGUGGCGAAACGCCUGCAUCAACCAUCCCCCGCUUUGGUCAGACAUCGCUCCAUGUCGAGAUCCUCUGGCCUUGACCCGGGCCAAACUCAAAAGGUCCAAAGGAACUCUUCUUUCCAUCGAGUCGCUUCAACCGAAAAUUCUUACUCGCGCCGCCGAACAACUGCUGGCAUUUGCUGUCUGCCAGGCGGAGCGUCUCGUUUUCCUCAAACUUCGCAACAGGCCCGAGUAUUAG